AUGACAACUACUGUACCCAAAAUUUUUGCGUUUCCUGAAUUCGCUGGUGUGGCAGAGGCAGUUGCUGAUCAUGUUGUUCACUCACAGAAUAUGGCAUUGAAGGACACAGCGAACGGCUCAUCAAAUACAAGACAAUCGAGCACUCAUAUUGCCAAUCAGCUGAGUGCGAGAAGUUCGACUUCAAUGGCUAGAGUAUCGUCCACAAGGAGUUUACGCAAUAAUAGCACCGGAGGAGUUUCCUCCGGGGGGAAACUCAAAAAACCGAAAGAACGUCGUUUCAAGAUUGCCAUCUCUGGUGGUUCGUUAAUUCAAGUGUUACAUGAAGGGUUGUUGAAAAGAACAGAUGUUCAAUGGGGUAAAUGGGAUAUCUACUUUGCAGAUGAGAGAUUGGUUCCCUUUGAAUCAAAUGAGAGUAAUUAUGGGCAAGCUAAAAGACAAAUUUCUGAUCAAAUCAAUACUGAAAAAUACGGCACACCAAACGUUUUCCACAUAGAUGAAUCGCUUAUAAAUGAUCCACAGGAAUGUGCUGACGAUUAUGAAAAGAUCUUAAUUAAGGGUUUCGCAGGAAGAGAUAGUGUAAAACUUCCCAUGUUUGACCUUUUCCUCCUUGGUUGUGCUCCUGAUGGACAUAUUGCAUCUUUAUUCCCUAACUUUCAAGAAAACUUACGCGAAAAAUUCGCAUGGGUUGUCCCAGUAGAAAAGGCUCCAAGUGGACCCUCGAAUAGGAUAUCACUAACGAUUCCAGUAAUUUGUCAUUCACAUCAAGUUACAUUCGUUGUGGAAGGUGCUACAAAGGCUCCUGUCAUCAAGACAAUAAUGGAAAGACCAGAAAAAGGUCUUCCAAGUAGUAUUGUCAAUGAAGGGGCAGCCGGGCGUGUUGCAUGGUUUGUUGACGAUGAUGCAUUAAGUGAUGUUUUGGUAACAAAGAAGAAAUACAAAUUUCUAAUCACAGAGGAUGAUAUAUAA